CCUGGAGGUUGGGGGCCAGUCCGCUGGCUUGUUUCCGGUUCGGUAGGUUCACGAUGACGGAGCCGGGCGCCUCUCCGGAGGACCCUUGGGUCAAGGCAAGCUCCGCGGACGCGCACGCCGGCGAGGGGAGGGCGGGUCGGGCUCGUGCACGUAGGGGGUCCGGAAGACGCGGGGCUUCCCAACUAUCCCCAGACUCUCCCCUGCUGUCCGGGGCCCGGGGCUGCAGAGAAGACAGCUCUCACCCAGCCUGUGCCAAGGUCGAGUAUGCCUACAGUGACAACAGCCUGGAUCCUGGGCUUUUUGUAGAAAGCACCCACAAGGGGAGUGUAGUGUCCAGAGCUAAUAGCAUCGGCUCCACCAGUGCCUCUUCCGUCCCCAACACAGAUGAUGAGGACAGUGAUUAUCAGCAGGAGUCCUACAAGGAGUCCUACAAAGACCGGAGGCGGCGUGCGCACACUCAGGCUGAACAGAAGAGGAGGGAUGCUAUUAAGAGAGGCUAUGAUGACCUUCAAACCAUUGUCCCUACCUGUCAGCAGCAGGAUUUCUCCAUUGGCUCCCAAAAACUCAGCAAAGCCAUCGUUCUACAGAAGACCAUUGACUACAUCCAGUUUUUGCACAAGGAGAAGAAAAAGCAGGAGGAAGAAGUAUCCACACUGCGCAAGGAUGUCACAGCCUUGAAGAUAAUGAAAGUGAACUAUGAGCAAAUCGUGAAGGCACAUCAGGACAACCCUCAUGAGGGAGAGGACCAGGUCUCUGACCAGGUCAAGUUCAACGUCUUUCAAGGCAUCAUGGACUCCCUAUUCCAGUCUUUCAAUGCCUCUAUCUCUGUGGCCAGCUUCCAGGAGCUCUCAGCUUGUGUCUUCAGCUGGAUUGAGGAACACUGUGAGCCACAGACUCUACGAGAGAUUGUGAUCGGUGUCCUUCAUCAGUUGAAAAACCAACUCUACUGAUUGCCCAUGGAAGCCUGCAGAGCAGCCAACAAGAGGCCUUUGAGAGUGUGGCCAUGGAACUAACUGCUGGGCCUAUGAGACCGGCCUCAGCACCUCACACCGGUCAGCUGGUUUCUACUUGGUGUUUGGUUUUCCCAACCCCACUCCAGCUUCGGUGGGGUUGAGUGUUUUGUGAAAGUUUCUGAAUAAUUUAUUAUAUUGCCCACAAUGUUGAACCUACCCAACCUUCCCCUUUCUAGGAAAAGUCUCUAGGACAAGUAUGUUCAGGGAGCCUCAUAGAACCCUGAGCCUCUCAGCCUUUUCUCUACCCACUGGGUUCCUGCUCACAAUCUAUAUACAUAAUUUGGAAAUUGUUUGCCUCUGCUUGGUCUCUUGGGCAACACUUGGCUCAAGUUUGGGUAUUUUGGCAGUUCUUAAGUUGGAAAAAAGGAAAAGAAAUAGACCCAUGGCCAUGAAGGGUAAAAGGCCACCUUGUGCCUAGGCUAAGGCUGUGUGGUCAAUACUAAGUAAGGCCAGGGUAUUCUAGCCAGCUCAGGGUAGGGCUGCCAGAACCCUGCUACCCUCAUGUUCUGCUGCCCACUUCUUCAGCUGCUAUAGGUGCUACAGGAAAACAAUGUCCCAUCAGCUCUUGCCCUGUCUUCCCAAAGGCAAAGGCAACAUUACAUAUUUGAAUUUCUCUUCUAAAUACCCACAGUGCAUUUUUGUUACGUGCAGUUUCCCAAAAUUCUUAGCAGACCUCCAAAGCAGCCCCAGCCUCUUCUGCAUAAUGCGUGUAGCUGCCCCACCAGUGUGUUGUCUCCAUUUCUCCUGGGGCCUGGGGAUAGAGUUAGGUGGGACAGGAGAUCCUCAAGUCUUCUGGGGGUAGGCCAGGGCGAUACCUUGGGAGUCUCAAAUGUUGGUGUAUGGCACCUUUCUGUACUUUUAUCCCAUGUUUCCUACUGCCUUCCCCAGGUUUGAUAUCUGGGAGGUUUGAUCAUCCAGAGGAAAUUAAGUAUUUUUAUAUCAAAUUAUAUUACAAUAAAUAUUACAAAUACUUUCUUUUA